UUUUGGGGCAACGUGUUGCGCUACAUCUCCUACUUCUUCUCCGUGCUGCUGGGCACCGCGUACAUCGCGGUGAAGCCCCUCAUCGAGCUGAUGAAGAAGCCCACAACUGCGGUGCUGGUGGUGGGCGGCCUGGCAGGCCUAUUCUUCUUUGUGUCCUUCACCGUCCAGGCA